UUCUAUUGUCAUGACUGGUACACAUCACUCACCUUGGUUCAGAUCCUCCCGAUUAAUUCCAAAUAGACGGCAAUUAUUAACCGUGACUGGAUUAUUCCAUUAUAUUUUGCCUGAGUUAUUUAAAGUAAUUGCCAGUGAUUGUGUGUAUUGGAAAUAAAUAAUAAAGUGUAACCCCUAAUGUCCUUGGGAGGUUUUUUAAUACAUCAGACAGGAGAUGCUCUGGGGAAGCAGAGUUAUCCUGCUACUGUGAAAUAGCAUGCUAACUGGACACAUUUUUUGUGGUAGUUUUGUUUAGGAGGAUCUAUAAACAUCCGGAGACUGUGAAUAUACUUAUGACACUCUGAAGUUAAACAUUUCUUGUUUACACGAGUAUCUCUGUAAUGUGAUGUAAACACAGAAAAUUCCAGGGAUUGCUGAAUCAGAUAUAGAUGUGUUGUGAAUUAUUUGUUAUUAUGCACCUUCCUUAGUGUGUUAGCUAGCUCAUGUAACAGUCCCUCCACAGUUUGGAGAGGGAUUAUACUAACUGUCCUAGUUUUCCAAUGAAGAGGGCAAGUGUUUGGUGAAUCAGAAUCAUUUAUGCUGCAUUGUUUGUACUAUUCUUGUGCUUCAUUUGUGCAGCAUUUCUGAGUGUAUAAGGAAGAGAAUUGUUUAAAAUUCCUCCUUUGAAAUGUUCUGUUAGGCUGUUAGUAUUCUCCCAAGGAAGUACAUGCAUAGACUGAUAAUUUCAAUAUGUUUUGUGAUUGAAAUACUGCCUUGUGCUCAAGUAAUGUCAAUAUUCAAAGGUCAAAGGGCAAAAUGAAAUAGGAGGGUUACACCUUGUCGAAAUCAAGGCACAGGACAGUUGAUUGUUGAGAAGGUAUAGGACCUGCAUCCUUCAGGUUGGGACUUGGAUAUCCGACAUCAAAUGAGGAAAAUUCUAGAUAAAAAUACUUAGUGAUCCAGUGUGUUGGACACUGUUUACUUAAGUACAGAAUCUAUAUGUACUGAUAGAUACAUUUAUCAUUAGUGGGCAAAUAUUAAACAGCAAAGGUGAUAAUUGAGGCAUUCAUUCUAAGUUUUUCUAAGAAGGGAAAGGCAAAUCUGUGCAAUGUCUAAGAAAAUGAUUGGGAAGAACCUCUCAGAGGUCAGUUUAAAUGAUAGUCUCCCUGAGAAACUGAAAUCCAUGGGGGUGGAGGAGGCAUUCCGAGCCCGGUCUGCUCGGAAGCGACAUAGCAUCCAGCUGGAUAGACGGAUCAGCAUCCAACUCCAGGAACGAAGAUCCAGUAACGCUAGCUCGACCAGUGAGACUGCUGACUCUGUAUCUUCAUACACUGGGAGUUCUUCAGAUGAGGAUGAAAUUAACCCCAGAGAUAAGAAUCAGAAAAACACCAAAGGCAGCUCAGAUUUCUGUGUGAAGAAUAUUGACAAUGCCGCAUUUGGAAGAAGGGAAAUUGAAAUUGCUGAGCAAGAGAUGCCCGGACUGAUAGCCCUUAGAAAAAGAGCGGAGAAUGACAAACCACUCAGCGGGGCCAAAAUUAUUGGUUGUACCCACAUCACAGCACAAACUGCAGUGCUUGUGGAGACUUUAGCAGCUCUUGGUGCCUCAGUGAGGUGGGCAGCCUGCAAUAUCUACUCUACACAGAAUGAAGUGGCAGCUGCCUUAGCAGAGGCGGGAUUCCCAAUCUAUGCCUGGAAAGGCGAGACAGAGGAGGAUUUCUGGUGGUGUAUAGACAAAUGUAUCAACUCCGAGGGCUGGCAACCAAACAUGAUCCUUGAUGAUGGGGGUGACGCCACCCAUCUGAUGUUGAAGCGUUACCCUGCCAUGUUUAACAUGAUCAAGGGAAUUGUGGAGGAGAGUGUGACGGGUGUACAUCGUCUUUAUCAGCUCUCAAAGUCUGGAAAACUCACCGUCCCUGCCAUGAAUGUCAACGACUCAGUCACUAAGACAAAGUUUGAUAACCUUUACAGUUGUAGGGAAUCUAUCCUGGAUGCGUUAAAACGCACAACUGAUGUGAUGUUUGGAGGAAAACAAAUCAUCAUCUGUGGUUAUGGAGAGGUUGGAAAAGGUUGUGCAUCAGCUCUCAAAGGACUUGGUUGUAAUGUAAUGGUAUCUGAGAUUGACCCGAUUUGUGCCCUACAGGCUUGUAUGGAUGGUUUCCGAGUGACCAGACUUGAGGAAGUGGUCAAGAACAUUGAUAUCCUGAUCACCUGUACAGGAAAUAAGAAUGUAGUAACUAGGAACCAUAUGGACAAAAUGAAGACUGGUUGUAUAGUGUGUAAUAUGGGUCAUUCCAAUACAGAAAUUGAUGUGGGUUCUCUGCGGACUCCUGACCUUACCUGGGAGAAGGUGAGGUCUCAGGUAGACCACAUCAUCUGGCCCGACGGAAAGAGGAUCAUUCUGCUAGCAGAGGGUCGCCUUGUCAACCUGAGCUGUUCUAGUGUUCCCUCUUUCGUGGUGUCCAUUACGUCUGCGACUCAGGCCCUAGCCCUGAUAGAACUAUACAAUGCUCCACAGGGACGUUACAAACAAGACGUCUAUCUUCUGCCCAAGAAAAUGGAUGAAUAUGUAGCAAGUUUACAUCUGCCCACAUUUGAUGCCCACUUAACUGAACUAUCAGAUGAACAAGCAAAAUACUUAGGUCUGAAUAAGACUGGUCCAUUCAAGCCAAAUUAUUACAGAUAUUAAUGCAGCCAUAUCCUUUAUAUGAAGAUUGAACAUCUCACUAUGGUUUUUAAGUCAUUCAGUGCCCUCUGUUGUGUGAAAUUAUACAAGUCUUGAUGACUUAGAGCUUUCCAUUGUUUUAGGUGUGUUUAAGGUGUGCUCGAUUUGUUAACUUGGACACCCCUAGAAUGUUAUUUGAAUUAUUCUAAGGUAUUUGAAGCACUCUAUAUUGUGAUAUUGAGAUAUUUUUUCUGUGAUGAAAUGGUUUUGUUAAUGAUUGCCGAAAGUUUGUCAAAAUCAAAUGGCAAAUUUUUGUUCAUUUUUUUAUGUGGGCUAUUAUCUCCCUUUCUUUUCAUUUCAAGAACUAAAUCUGGUAUUUAAAUACAAUGUAUUAAAACAAUGGAUAAAAAUAUGUGUAAUUCUUGCUGGAUUUUUUUUCUUUGUUCAUAUGUUUGAUAGCAAAUGUUUAGUGCCAAAUUGUAAAUGCAAUUGCUGAAAAUAAUUGUUAAUCAUGUUUUAUUAACUGAGAACAAAUUUUAAGAGUUAAAUGAAUUAAAUACUGUAUACAUGAAUUUGUAGAAACAAUGAAAUACUGAUGAUAGUCAUGUGUUUUUCAGUAGAUCUUUAACACUUAGAUUUUUUGGAAUAUCAUUAUUGUUAAGUUGCCCAGCAAUAAAAUAAAAAUGGCAACAUUACAGUGCAAGAGAAUGGAUCAGUGAUGAUCAGUGUGUGUGUAUGUCUGUUUGUGUCCUAUGUUAGCAUGUUAACCAGAAGACAUUGGUAUAAAGGACUUAUAUAAUUUUUAGGUGUGGAUCCAAAGGUUGAAAGUUUAUGGAGACGGGAUAUUGAAUGUGUAAAGUUUAUUAUGGUAAAGGAAUAUUUUGAUGAAAAAAGACCUGAAUUAAGGCUUGGAUAACAUAACAUCCAUGGUUUUACUUUGGAUCCGCUCCUGUAGAUACUGGUAAUCAGUGAUGUUUUUAUGUAUCAAGAUGUUUGAGAUUCAGUUUAUAUGACAGUUUAGUUUGAAACUCAUAUUUUAUCAUAAAAAUCUUUCAUAAUACAUUCCUUUUUGAGAAGAAUAAGUCGAGGGUUGUUUAUAGUUUUUUUUUUUUUAGUUUGAUUGCCAACAUAGUCUGCAUUACACUCAGGAGUAAAACUUUUUUCUUCCCAUUAAAUUAAUAAAGUCUGUAUUCCUUAAAAUCUCAGGGGACAUGCAUCUUGUUCUGAAUUUCUGUAUGUAGCCAAACAUGAUAUAAUUUUUUUCUUUAUUUGUUAUGAGGUACAUGUAUAAGGAAAAUUUAGAUGCAGACUAUUUGAAAUUGUCACGAGGUAUUUCUGAAUAGGGUUUUAUAUAUGCAUUAUCAAAUUAAAAAAAAAAAAUUAAGUUAAAAAAAAAAGAUGAAUACAUGUAAUUGGAAAUAUACAUAUUUUCAUUGUUAGAACUUUUCAUGGUAUCUUUUUUUUUAAUAUUGAAAGUGAAAUUGAGAAAUAUUGCAGUAUACAGGUUUGUAGAUUUUUUUAGCUCAUUAUAUCAAAGAAUCGAAAACGUGGCAUCUCAUUCAUAGGAAUUUCCAUUUUCACUGUACUACAUUCAUUGUCCUUAAACUUUGAAGCUAAAUAAAAAUUCUGUGCAUUAAACUAUGCUUUACUAGUCAAAAAUAUUUCUCAUUGUAAAAGAUUUGAUUUUUUUUUUUUUUUUUUUGGUAUAGACUAAUAAACUUAUUCAAACAUGA